CCGACGGUUUCCGGCGGAUAUACAGUAUGCGAGCUACAAAGCACUGUCCAGCGCACUCUCCACUGCGAUAUGGCCAAAAACUUCAUAAGGAGCCGUCAAGAUGGACAUCGAGCUGUACAUCUAGGACCGCAUUGUCAUACCUGAUUCUUCUUUUUGGCUCGAGGGAAAUCUUUAAUAGGCAUAUAAUCCCAUUUUCUUUGACCUUUUUCUUCGAGGGCGAGGGACAUAGAUUUUCCGCCAUGGCACCACCAGAAAUCAAAGUCAACAAUCUAACAUACACUUUCCCCCAGUACGACACGGGGUUAAGCAAUGUCUCCCUGAAUGUGCCGGCGGGAAGCCGCACGCUUCUCAUCGGCGCCAACGGCGCAGGCAAGACCACGCUCCUCCGUCUUCUCGCGGGCAAGCGUCUCGCGCCCAGCGACAGCAUCAGCAUCUCGGGCGUCGACCCGUUCAAAGAGGGGCUCGAGGGCGUUACGUACCUAGGGCUGGAAUGGGUGCUUAACCCCAUCGUGCGCACAGACAUUGGCGUCGCGGAGCUCCUGCGCUCUGUCGGCGGCGACGCGUAUCCCGCGCGACGGGACGAGCUGAUAUCCGUCCUGGACAUCGACGUGAAAUGGCGCAUGAGCGCCGUCAGCGACGGUGAGCGGCGCCGCGUCCAGCUAGCCAUGGGCCUCGUACGCCCUUGGACCGUGCUGCUCCUGGACGAAAUCACGGUGGACCUCGACGUGCUGAGCCGUGCCGAGUUCCUCGGGUGGUUGAAGCAGGAGACCGAGUCCCGCGAGUGCACCAUCGUCUACGCUACACACAUCCUCGAUAACCUCGCCGGUUGGCCCACGCAUCUCGUCCAUAUGCACCUGGGCACUGUCCGUGAAUGGGGUCCUGCGGAUCAAUUCCUCGGCGAGAGCGCGAACCUUCGCAGCACGGGCAACAGCCGCCUCGGUGAGCUGGUGCUGGGCUGGUUACGGGCAGAUUUGAAGGAUCGCGGCCCACGGAAUGUCAAGACAAUGGGUACGGAGGGUGCUGCGUACUCGACCGGCGGCAUCGGCGGCUACGGCCUGGAACAUAAGGACUGAUGCGGACUCGAUGUACUGAAGGGUGGCUUUCCGGGAAUGACGGAAAGAGAGCCACGGCAGAAGAGAGCACUCGGUGUAUGGCAUACAACGGCGUUGGGCGAUUGCACUUAACUUGCAUUUGGGUACCUUCAACAUAGAGCAUGGGUGGAGUUUUUAAGGAAUGGUUUUCAUCACCCAUUCUGCAAUCUAUCAAGAACUUGGAACUGCAAUUUCUUUAGAGAUACCCUUUCAACAAAGGCUGGUUGGAACAAGACUAAAUAUAGGCUCUGGAAAUGAGAUAGGAAAUAAACUUGAUUAGACA